GUUGCAACUCCUUCUGUGUCCUUCCUCUAUGGUAGCACAUACAUAUGAGUUUUGUGUUUGUCAAAUAUCAACGUGUCUCGAUGCCUAUUAAGACUUUAGGUUGAACUCCCUCGGAAGUCAGUCCUUAUAUAAACGCUGGAGCUGUCAAAUGUUCCCUGAAACACUGUGCGCACUUUUUUUAACCACAUCUUGGCAACAGUCUGACAGGGUAAUUAUUCUGUGCUGAAACGAUCACCAUAAGCGAGUAUGUAAACAAGCAGCCGUCAGUUUCUAAUUUCCCACUAGACACAGAGGAAACCUUCGAUGACUCUGUGGAAUUCCACAGUAGUGGUUAUAAAUAUUAUUUUACUCACAACUAUACGGAAAUGAUUUUACCUUUCAUUUACAUUAUUGAAUAAAGUAUUGUCUAUUUCGUGUUCUUACUGCAAUUAUUAUUUAAGGCAGUCACUGUGGGCACCUUUGGUUGGAUUUUCUCCUCUACAAAUAUAGUUAAUAUAGAAUAAAUGAAGUUAAAAAACUGAAUAGUUAUCCUUGUGUGUAUUUUUUCGUAAUAACGAAAAUUGAAUUCAUGUCUUUGAAUAGGAAUUAAGCCCUAGUGUCUUACACCAAGUUAUAAAUGCAUUCUAUAGUUUGCAUAAUAUAUCAUAAUAACGACAGCUACAUAAUAAAAUCGCGACGGGACGGUAACAUUCUUGUCACUGUAUCCACUUGCGAAGAAAGGAGACUGGAAGUCUCUUUUACUCAUUACCCCAUGAAUUUAUUCGCAGACCGCUGAUGGCCGUGAAAAAGUGGAGAAAAAUUAAAUCAUACAUUAUUAAAGUAUAAAUUAAAUCCACAAUCAGACAAUUCCAGAAAUUCAGAAAAACUGAACCAAUCACGAUCGAAGUCUCCCGGCAGCGUUAUCAGUCACCGAGUUUUGAUGGGUACAGUGGUUGGUUAACUUAACUACAUAUAGGAACUCCUAAUAUCAUAUAAACUUAGAAUCGUUCCUUGAGUGAGAAGUCCGCAGUGCACACGGUGAUGGGGCGAACGGAUAUAUGCUGUGUUUCCCGUGGCUUACAGAGUCUUAUCGGGGUGCUGGACGGAUAACGAAUGGCAAAUUUAUUUACAUCAGUGUUCCAUAACUCCUUAUUAAAACCCUAAAUUAAUAUUUUUAUAAUCACUACAAAGGUCUGAAGCAAACAUCGCUGGCAAUCAGAAUUAUGGUAAGCGAAAGUAUGGAAUAAGGGCGUUGCCCCUGCGGAAUAUGCCAGAUUAUUUUGGCGUCAACUGGAUCGCCUUUGCAGCUAGAAACUCUCGUAUACAACGUAGGCCACAGAGUUAAAUUGGAGGUGAAAUUAACCCUCGGAAAUAUAGCUGCUGUUAUGAAACAAAAUGUACUUACAAGAGGAGGCUACAGAAAUGGGACGUAGACGAAAUGCGUCGAGAACGUGGACACAACUAAAUCCAAAAUGCUCCAAGCCCGACUACAUGGCAAACAGGCAACCAAAGGCAUUACGUAAUUUCGUGCUGAAAAUACCAACAGGUGUGAUCAAGGGAAGACUGACUGGAUUUUAUGGGGACUAUCAUGUAAAUGGUGACUCCAAAUAGGGGAAAUAUUCACUCAAGGAAAAUAUUACGCAACGGAGUGAAAGACAUAACGGUGACGAUAACAAUUCUUGUCAGGAUUGUUAGAAUAAAUUUUGACAUGAAAUUUAUGCCACGGCAAUACGAAGUGUACUUCCGUAUUGCUUUUACCCAAAUACCAAAAGGGAACCCGUGAAGGUUGUCGGACUAAAGAAUUUCUGCCUAAUUUCACUUUAGCCAUAUUAAAAUGGUUUAUGUAAUCUAUGAAAACAAAAUGUAUACGAAUACUUCAUUUAACAUAACAUAACUGCAUAUGCUUUUAUGAUUGUACGCAGAAUCUGGUGUGCAUAAUGCAAUGUGAAGGCCCAAAAAGUAAUGUUUAACUCUUAAGUUUAAUUAAUGAUAAUAAUAAAAAUAUUUUCAUAUAGCGCUUUUGACUAAGAUGAAAGAGCUUAACAUUUUGACCCCUCCCCGGUCAUUGAGCAAAUUAAACAUUCCGAAUACCAUCUCAGCCAGCUCCGUGGGGGGUAUUCAGCUCAAUGCUGCCAUUUCGGCGCAAGACAGCUAAAUCCAAUCACAAUAUCUGCUCUCACAGGUACCCAUUGACUCCUGGGAAAGGAGAAGCAAUGAGCGAAAAAUUAGUGCCUUUCCCAUGGGCACAAAUCCCUGGGAGACAGGGGGUAUAUAUCCUCCACUGUUGAGGUGGGAAGGAUGGGAAAUUGAGAUACGCCCCCACACACUUUUUUGAGGUAAGCAAAAAGUUAAAGCGGAUUGUGAAGAAUUUUUUGGACUUCCAUCUACUCAAAUGUAUUCAUUAUCACUCAAAAAAUGGAAACCAAUUUUAAAAAGCCAUAUGCCAUUCUGAAUACAUCAACGUCAUGAACAUCGACUUCUAUUAUAGAGUCAUAUGGUACCAUCCCCCCGCUUUUCAAAUUUCCUGGCGGGGUAAGUCAUCCCCCACCCUUCCCCAUCCUCUAUCCCCCAUCUGCCCAAUUUCCGGCACAUAUUUACGUCACUGGCCUUGCCCACACACACCCUAAUCCUGAGCUGCACUCGAAAAACUCUCCAGUCAGAUUGACCCAGAGUAGGGUCCCAUUCGGCGUGACCCUUUUCCGGGCCAAAUUAUGACCCAGAAAGGGGGUCAUUUUUGGACCCAGAAAAAGGGUCACGCAGAACAGGACCCAAUUCCGGUUCAAUCUGACCCGGGAGUUUUAGAGUGUAGAUUCAACCCAUAAUCUGCAGAAUUACACGCAAACAACGAACUCAGUUGCCUAGACGACUAGGCCUCAGCACUCCACUGUACUUUUCAUCGCAAGUCCUAUUUGGACCUAUACUGAAAAUUACCUUUGCAUGUGCUAGUAGUCCCACGUUUAAAUUGUGUACGGCCAAGGCGCAUGUGCCUUCUUCCCAUCGCGUUCAAUACGUAUGUAAUGUUUCAUAUCAGUAUAUGAAGCUUUUUGACGGAAGGAAAAUGAAACACUCUAAGAAAUUCGCCUUUCUUUCAUUUGUCUUUUUUUUGGGGGGGGGGUACGGCCCAGUUUGCUUCCCCCUUAUCCGCCCUCGUACAUUCCCGUUGUUUAACAUCAGAUAUUGCGUGGUCACUCUGGCAUCAACUGGCUUUGCCUGUUUUGUUCCGCAUUAUGAAUCGAACAACAGCUCCGAGGAAACAACAAGAUAUUGAAAAGGUUACAAAGAUUUCAUGAGCAGGCCUCCGCCUGUAACCCCGUGACUAGUUCGAAGGCGCCAGCGUGGUGCAGAUAUGACGUCACGAUUUUAAUGUCAUCAGCGUAGCGAAUCAGGACUUGUGUGUUCUGUGCAUCACGUGCGGUGAUGCCCACUUAAUAAUCACUGGUCAUGUAAUUGCAAAUAUAAUAUCGGGUGACCAUUUCAGGUGAUCUCAGAAACCAAGGGGCGCUCCCGGGGGGCUGUGCUCAUGCUCAUCAGAAGCUACAAGUGUUCAACGCUGUGAGACACCCGACAUUGAUAUUGCCCAACGAUGGUGCCGCAGGGCGCGGCAGAGGUGGUGGGACUGGUGACGGUGUCCAUGGCACAAGCACCAACCGUGAACGACUCGCUCAACUACAGUUUGCCAGCAGAAGACGACGACUAUAGCAGCUCCAACUACUACUACUCAUCUGCGUACUACAUCUACAACAGCAUCUUGUUGCAGCAAAGGAUGGAUUCCUGGGCUCCAAUCGUGCUGUUCUCUGCCGUCUUUCUCAUCGGUGUUCCCGCCAACGCCCUCGUCAUCUUCGUCUUGGCGCGGAACAGGACCAGCACGUCCAACAUCAACAUGUACCUGCUGAACCUGGCGGUGGUGGACUUCGCCUUUUUGCUGUUCAUUGUACCCAUCAAGUUGAACACUUACAUCGUUUCGUCCCGGCACAUGUGGAACUUGGGCACAGCCAUGUGCAAGCUGAGCAUCUAUGUGGUGUACGUGAAUAUGACGGUCAGCAUCCUGACUCUAGUCGCCCUGGCCAUCAACCGGUACAACGCCGUCAUGCGUCCCGUCAGCUGCCGAAGCAACAGGAGCAAGGCACAUGCCGUUGCCAUUAUCAUUGUGAUAUGGGUGGUGUCUCUGUCAAGUCAGAGCCCGGCUGUCGUGGUUGCAGAUGUCGUUGUCAUGCCUGUGUCGCACCGUGCGCCAAUUACCCCCGUCUGUCUGGAGAAUUGGCCCACAUACGAGGCCGUGCGAGCCUUCAAAGGCGUCAACUUUGGCGCCUUCUACUGCGUGCCGCUGCUGGUGGUGUCCAUCUGCUACCUGCGCAUGGCCAGGGCGCUCCAGCGCAGUGCUCACUUCACGCGUGCCGAGAGCGGCGGGGAGUCGGCCCUGGCGUCCGGCCUCCAGCGUCAGCAGACCUCUCGCCGGAAGGUGGCGCGCAUGGUGCACAUCCUGGUGCUGGCCUUCGCCUUGUGCAUGCUGCCCUGGCAUGUCCUCAUGUUCAUCACCAGCGAGCCGUCCAUCGUCCUCGACUCUACCUUGAUGCUCUACCUGGGCAUCUUCACCCGGCUGGCUGUCUAUCUCAACUCCUGCCUCAACCCGCUGCUCUACUCCUUUUUCAGCCAGAAUUUCAGGGCCAACCUGAGGAAGUCCUGUGCGUGCCUGAGCAAGUUGACGCAUCGCAAGAAGAUCUUCACGCCCAUCGAGGUGGACUUCAAGGAGGUUGCAGGCGGGCUGGACGACAGCGCUAGAACCUCUGCCACGUCUGGACACCAGCGGUCAUUUACGUCUAUCCUAACAAGGGCUUGUUAACUCUUAACACAGUCUCCAGCAACGUUACGGUACCGUGUACCGAUUCCAAAACGGACUUCAGAGCUUCACGGGUCAGUGAACAUAAACACAGACCAAGGAAACGUAGCGAACAGCCACAGUUCCGCGUGCAGAACAUUUUUCAACCACACUGGAGCUGCGAGUCAUAGAAGCAAAGCACGUGACUCCCGGUCAUCGACAAAGGUCGUCAUUUACGUAUUUGGUCCUUACCCAAUGGUAACAAUAGUCCUAUGAAUGACGUUUUAUUACUGUGUGACAUACGUUCUGUAAAAUCAUAUUUACUUAAGUGCAUAUUUAUCACUCAUUUCUCAGCGUUCGAAUAGGCUUAAUUGGAAAUUUUGAGACGCUUGGGGGCGGCAAGCAUACCGGUCCUCUGUAGCAGUUCUGAUAGCUGAGCGUUGUUUUACGCAUGCAUGCAUAGGCCGUGUCAGAAACGGGCGUCCAGAGAGCUACGGCUAGAUUUAUUGUCUACGCGUCUCCACGCAUUUCCAAUGGAGUAAAACCUAGCUCUAGCUCUAGACAGUAGAUGCAGCCAUAGUUUUGGGCACGUAUAAUACUGUGAAAAAGACCAGUCGUAUGUCUGCUGCCACAAGCGUCCUAAAUUCUCCCGUUAAAAACAAAAUACACGUGUCUAUAUUUCUUAAGGAAAAAACUUUUGUCACACAUCUUAAGACCAGUUUGCUGACUGCAAACUGUUCAGUGAUAACAGCACUUUUACAACGUGCCUUUGGCUUCUUGUCCCUUCGAAAAUGGCACAGGACAAUUAAAAACAGAAGAAAAUGUACACAUAAAACAGUCGUUGAUUGUGGCGUCAUGACCAAGCCACAAACGCCUGCGGAAGAAUCAACACGUUUGCAGUUUGACUCCCACUUUAGGACACGGUAAACAAACUAGUUGGCUUGACUUCAUCCGGACCAAGCGGGUUAAUGGACUGCCACAAAUAAGGAAAACUUGAAGGCGAGAGACGGGUGAACAAUGCAUACAAUUAUUAAAAGAAUAAGGAUAAUGGAGAAUUACAGCACUAGAGCUGAGUGCGAGUGAAAAGUUGGUUGGAGGGAUGCCCAAAGGACUGAGAAAGAGAAGGAGAGUUAAUCCGAUUCGACGCCAUUACUGCGGUGGCACCGCACUCACACUCACAUUCUUUAGCUUGAUGUGUACGUGCAUAUGGCAAAUCACGAUACCUUAUUUGUCAAGGAGGCAUGUAACGCGCACGUACCGCCUGUCCACGAGCGUUGUGCCGCCGCAGUAAUGCCUUUUCAUUCUGGUCGCCGGAUUCUAUUGGGGUACAGAGCAAGUGGGCAAGGCCAUGAUGAUAACGACGAUGGUAAAAGUUGAAACGGAUAAAGCGCAAAGAGACAUAAAGUGGAGGCAUAAAGCAGUAAUUCAAAGAAGGAAAGGGUAAAUUAUUAUUACUCAAAGAAAGAGGGGAUUGUUGAUGUGCGAGUUGCCAAUGAUGAGGCAGGGAUGAAACAAGAAGAGAAACUGGACUGCAGGCCGAAUCAGAGAGUGGAGUCAUUGAUCGGUCAGGGCGCCAAUCCAAUGGAAUUUGAUUUUCGAUCUGAUUUAAUGACUCCUCUGAGCAGCCGGAUGCUGUUUCGCGGUAGAAUGAAUUCGGUAAGCGCUAAUUCAGCCCAAUAUUCAAUCAAAAUGCUGCAAACGAGGGGAAAAACACUCUGCUUCCUCAACCCAACCCCGGCAAUGAAGGGAAAAUUAACCCCAAUGGGCCUUAUAUAGUUCGCAACAUGAAAGUUCUUAUUUUGGCCGAAAGGUGUUAUUGCGCUUCUGGCGAGAAAAGGAGAUUCCGCCGAAUUUUGGAAAGUGCAGAUUAAAACAGCGUUGUCUUCAACAAACCUCAGGCAGCGAAUUGCCGAAAUACGGUCCCAGCAAACGAGGUAGCCAUAGAUGAUCAGAGAUUGUUCAUCAUUUUGUUUUUACACUUGCAUGCGAUUGUUUUUUCUUCAAAAGUAAUCGUCUCGUAUUUUCAAGAAAUAAUGUAGUGCUUAAUUUGUACCAUUUAAAUUCGUGCACGAAUAUUUCUCACUUUUCGCCUCACAUUUGCACGUGAUGGUUGUGUGUGUUUAUUAAUCAAUUUUAAUUAUAGUGUGUGUAGCCUAACUAUUUCCGAGUGCUUGACUACGCCGUGUUUCGAUUUGUCUGAGUUCACAAAUUAUUAUUCAGGUAACAAUUUUUGCAUGAUUUGGUAUAAAAUAUCGUAUAUGAAACAUUGAAGGAAAAUGCUUAUCAGUAUUAAAUGUAGCUUCGUGCUAAAAACAAAAACGCUGUGCCUAAUUAAGCUGAAAUCGGAAAGGAAUCCCACAAUUUGAAUCACAAAACUCCGUUUCCGAUUAAUCAAUCAUGUAUUGAUCAUUUAAUCAUCCAUGUAUACUGCCUUUGAGCAAUAAUGAAGCUAGCACUCGAGGCAGCUAAACGAAAUCAAAUGAGAUCAUAGCGUGUUGAGGUCAGUUUUUGCUCGGUCCGUGGGAAGAACCUAUGGUGACGCUGCAACCAUAGAUGUAUGUACUGCUGGGUGAAAGGGUCAGUCGGAGGAAAUGAACAGCCGGAGAGAGAGAGAGAGAGAGAGAGGGGGGGACCGGGCGUGAGUUCGCUGUGAUUGAGAGAUUUCUUGUCUUGAAUGGUGGAGUGGAAACAUUUUUUUUACAUCUAUCAUCGGAAUAAGAGCACAGAUGGAGGGUAAUAGGGCAGGAUAGAGUUCAAUUGAUAAAAGAAGAUAUUGAUACAUAAAGCCGGUCAACCGUGCCUGUGAACUCUUCUAACACGUUGAUUUCUUAAAUUAAGAAGACAGUUGGGUAGUCUGGAGUUGUCCAUUGCUGGACGGCUUGAUUGAGGGUAGAAGGGAAUUUGUUUGGGGCGCCGAUCUCAAUUCUGGUACAUGAUGUUGUAUUAUUGAAUGCGCUUCUGGCAGCUGAACAAGUUGUGAACACUGCCCAUUCCACUUGAAGCCACUUUCUGCCAUUUUGGUUCCCUCAAACUGCUGUGCUGUUAUCUUUUUCAAGUAACGACGUACACCCGGUGCUCAACUUACAACGCGUACACACGAUGCUAAACUUGUAAUUGGGAUUGUAAUCUUAUACGAGCCUGUUUUUAUUUCAAUUUUCAGCUCGUCAAACUUGGAAAAAAAUUGGAACAUAAAAGCACAGGCGCGUUCUGAAACAAGGAAGUAGUAUGCAUAAGGUAUAGAGCACCGAAGUGACUACGUCACACACACAGUUCUGUGUGAAAAGGGGAAUACGGCGAGAACCAGUGCGUGCACCAAAUACCCGCGCGUACCCAUUCAUUUGCAUUGUACUGGUUCAAGAUGACGUCACACUUCGGUAAUCCAUACCGGAUAUGGUACUGCACACCUGAACGCGCCCGACACUGCACGUGUCGUGGGAGAACAUGUUGGAAGUGGCUUCGGCGUGGGUGUUUCCAGCCUGUCCGAUAUCAAAGGUGGUGCUCAGGUCAAUAAUUAUUGAAUUGCAUCCCUGUAUACGAGAACAUACGGUAAUUAUUAUCCAAGUCAAUCAAGUCAGGUGACCACUAACCUUUUGUCCUUUUCCUCACACCAGUACAGCAACCGUUGCACUCGAUACCCGUUUCCCCUACAGCUCCUAAAGAUUCAGCUGUAACUUUUACUCUUGAUUUUCCAUUCCUUUCAACGUGCAGUUGACUUACCUCUUUCCACUAUAAAAUGACCUGACUGCUGGAAAAACCUUGAUACGUGUAUUGAUAAUAAUAAGAUAGUAAUUCCCUUUUAUCGUCAGGAACUCAGCCGAGUUUGAAAGGGCUAGUUUAAAACCAGUCCAUCACACUUUUGUUCCUAUUCAUAAAUACGUUUUUUCACCGGACAAGUAAAAACAAGACAAAGUUCAUACUUUUCAAACAGUUUUGUUCACCGAUUUGGUGUCUUGUUUUUUUUUCAAAUGUGUACCACUGUCGCCAUAGUUAGUCUAUAGAAUUUGCCUCUUACGCAGGCAGUGUGAAAAUUUCCCUAUAGAAUAAUCCGCCGAUAUGAAAUACACGCCAUUGAUGCUGGCACUGCGUUCGUAAACAGGUGUUGUGCGCUCGUUACAGAACUCUUAUAGGAGGCCGUUUUCCAAUGCCCAACUUCGUCUCCGUCUCCGAAACCAAUCCCCGAUUGUGGGCCUGAAGCGUUUAAAUUAAAUUGAAGUACAGUAAGUGUUGGCUCUUUUGCUUCUUAAUUGAAGUUUGCGGCAGUAUCAGACUUGCUCUUGCGCUUAGGUAGUAAAUAAAACAGUUCAAGCCUGAAACGGAGCCGCAGUCGAGUAUUGGAAAAACGACCCUGAUUUGCCAAGAUGCACGCGCAACUCACAUCAAUGUGUUGUGCCACCGCAGUUUACGAUGUCUCCUCAGAUUAAGCCUGGUUUCCGACGUGAGAAACGUAGAGAGCAACGCAAUCAAGACGCAAAUUGCAACGCAGACAAACGCAAACCAGCCCCAGACGGAUCGGCAAAA